AUGGGCAGCCCCCGCUCGGCGCUGAGCUGCCUGCUGUUGCACUUGCUGCUUCUCUGCCUCCAGGCCCAGGUAAGGAGCGCUGCGCAGAGGCGGGGGCCGGGCGCGGGGGACCCGGCUGACAGUGCCGGGCAGGGACACCAGGACCGAGCCUUCGGCCAGCGCGGCAGGGCUGCGGAGAACCUUACAAAGCCAGCCCCAAACUACCCCGAGGAGGGGUCUCGGGAACAGAGAGACAGUGUGCUGCCCAAAGUCACACAGCGAGAAGGCCCGGGCGGGGGGCCCGCUGCCCUGCUCCGAGCUGCCCGCGAGCCUCAGGGUGCUCCCCAACAGGUAACUGUUCAGUCCUCACCUAAUUUUACACAGCAUGUGAGGGAGCAGAGCCUGGUGACGGAUCAGCUCAGCCGCCGCCUCAUCCGGACCUACCAGCUCUACAGCCGCACCAGCGGGAAGCACGUGCAGGUCCUGGCCAACAAGCGCAUCAACGCCAUGGCAGAGGACGGGGACCCCUUCGCAAAGCUCAUUGUGGAGACCGAUACUUUUGGAAGCAGAGUUCGAGUCCGUGGAGCGGAGACAGGCCUCUACAUCUGCAUGAACAAGAAGGGGAAGCUAAUCGCCAAGAGCAACGGCAAAGGCAAGGACUGCGUGUUCACGGAGAUCGUGCUGGAGAACAACUACACGGCGCUGCGGAACGCCAAGUACGAGGGCUGGUACAUGGCCUUCACCCGCAAGGGCCGGCCCCGCAAGGGCUCCAAGACUCGCCAGCACCAGCGCGAGGUGCACUUCAUGAAGCGGCUGCCGCGCGGCCACCACACCACCGAGCAGAGCCUGCGCUUCGAGUUCCUCAACUACCCGCCCUUCACGCGCAGCCUGCGCGGCAGCCAGAGGACUUGGGCCCCGGAGCCCCGAUAG